CCCACAAACUGAGAAUCAGAGAGAGAGAGCCGCGGCUCGAGCCAAGCCGCGCCCGAACGCGCGAAUGAACCAUUGAAUGUGAAGAAAGAAAUUAACGGUUCCACACUCGACAUAUCUCUACACCCUCUUUCUAUGGUUUCUGUCGACUUCAAUUCUUCAAUCCCUAAUACUAAUAUUCUCUCUCCUCCUUCACCUUCACCUUAUCGUCGUCGUCCUCCGCCGUCAGGUUGCUUUUGAAAGGGACCGCAUUUGUGGAAGGUUAUACUGUAUGAUUAUAUGUUCUUUUUAAGAGCUGCUUUUUGACAUCUGGCACGAAAUGGCGGCUGAUCAACGCAGAAAAAGAUCAAAUGGCGCUACCCUUGUUGGUUGCAAUUCUAGGGACCAACAUAGAGCAAAAAAGAAGAAUAUGGGAGUAAAUGAAGAUGAUUCAACCAUUAACCCUCAUAUUUCUCUCGAGUGGGAUGGAAGUCAGAAAAUGGUGGUUGCUAAAAGGGAUCAAAUUGGCAUAAGUUGGAAUGAUAUGAGGCCGUACAUUGAUUCUACUUUCACUAGCUAUGAUAUUCCGGCUGAUGUUUUUGUUGUUCCUCAUGGCAUUUAUGAACUGAAAAAUUUAGAAGAUGUGCUUUCAUAUGAGGUUUGGCAGACGCAUCUUUCAGAGAAUGAGAGAAGUUAUCUUAUGCAGUUUCUUCCUAGGGGAUCGGAGGCGCAGCAAGUUGUGAAAGCAUUGCUUGCUGGGGAUUACUUUCACUUUGGAAACCCUUUUGUCAAAUGGGGUACUUCACUUUGCUCAGGUAGUUUCCACCCUGAUGUCAUUCUUCGUCGGGAACAUUGUCUAAUGACUGAUAAGAAAGUGUACUAUAAGGAGUUGCAGAAGUAUCAUAAUGAUUUGAUUGCGUACUUACUGAAGUUGAAGGAGAGAUAUGCAAGAUGUGAAGAUCCUGAAGAGGAAUUUUUGCAGAAAAUAUGGAGGUCGGUUGGAUUGUCAAGAAAAGAUAUGGAGAAAUAUAGUUCUUCACAUGCAAAUGAAUCCAGAUUCUGUGAAUUGGAUGAAAAUGCCACACCUACGUCUGAAUCUGGUUCUUGGGUUGCAGAUGAGAAAGCAUGCUGUAGUGAUAACCAGAUUUCAUCUGUGAACAAGGGCGGGGAACUUCAGAGCAGGUUCAAUGAGAAAGGCUUCCUAAAAGACAAAAAUAGACAAAAAUUGCUUACAGAAGAUGAUGCACUUCAUGUAGGAGCAACCCCCAAGAAAGGAGACAAGCUACACAAACGCAAUAAUAUUUACAAUAACGAUGGUUCUAAAUACAUGUCAUAUGUUAAGAUUAGCAAAAAGCAGUAUGAAAUUGUUAAAAGCAUGAAGCAGUCUGGCAGAAGCAUUCAGUUCAGGUCUCUUAACAGGGUUUUAGGUAAUGACUGUAAUAUACAACCUUAUCACGUCUUUGUAGAAGAAGAGCAGAAGAACUUGCACAAGCACUGGUUGCAAUUGGCAAGAAAAGAUCUCCCAGCAGCUUAUGCAAUCUGGAUGGAAAUGCGUUUGCAGAGACGGAAAAUGAUAAUGUCUUUGGAGACAAACAUGAAGGAAAGGCUAGAGUCUGUGAUGGAGCAGGACGAAGGCAAUGAGAAUGGUAGUAUGCGUCAGGAUGAGCUUGAACUGGAGAAUCAUGAAUCUACUAUGCAUGAUGAUGAAAAGUCUAUACCUGACUUGCAACAGGGAGAGGACUUCCGCAGGGAAGAAGAUGAGAAGUCUCAGCAGUUUACUGAUGGGCAUGAGUGCAACAUCACAGAUAUAGAUUCUGAAAAACAUUUGUGCAUAGAAUCAGAUAAUGAUUUAGAGAAAGACAUCAUUACAGAAUCAGAUCAUUCUCCUCCAAAUUUGUCUGAGUACUCAGGGAAUCUGAACGUCCAUGCCGCUGUAAGUCAGGAAGCUCAUUUGUGUUCUAGUGGAGAUGCCUGGAAGGCAGUGAGCAUGCCACUUUCUUACUAUGAUUCUACUGCAAACCAUGAAUAUGCAUCUGUCAGUGAAUUGUCGGUUACGCUUCCACAAGUUAAUGAACAGCAUCAGACACAUAUACUAGAUCUGGAAUCUGAUUUUCCUGUGGGAAACAUGGGGAAAGUUCUAUUGCACAGACAAUCAGAUAAUGGCUCCUUCAGUUCUUACCCAAACCAAGAUCGCAAUGAAUUGCUUCAGUCUCUCUUAUCCUACCCUUUGCAUAAACAGGCUGAAUUGGAUUUCCGGCCACCAAACAAUGUGUUUAUGGGUAAUGGUCAGUUUCCCGUGCAUUUUCAGGAGCAGCAACACCAGUCACUGCCUCUGGAGUUGGGGCAGAAGAGAGAGAAUGGUGUUUACAUGCCUCAAAACUUAACUGAGAGCAUUUACUCUGAUGGAGGUAGAUACUUAUUUCCGAGGCAGGAGCAUCAUACUCCAGUCAAUUUGCAGGAUUGGAAUGCCAGUAGUGUUCAAAUGCCAGGACCUCUCCAAUCUCACUCAAGUGCAGAUACGUCGAGUCAGAAUUGGUUUUCUGGUGACCAUCCAGUUCAUGGUGGAUGGUCUGGGUCAGAUGCUGCUACCGUCACAAGUCACAACAUUGGGAGUGGAAGUACUGCUGAUGAGAGCUUAUUUAGUGUUCUAUCUCAUUGUAACCAAUUACGUUCAGGUAACCCUUAUCAAUCAGUUGGUUCCACUGAUCAGUACAGUUCACCUAGGAACUCUGGAAUAGUGAGUGGGGUUACUCCGAGGAUUGGCAAUGUUCUACCACAAGCAGCUCAUGCACUUGAUUAUUUGGGUGGCCGCGAAGCAGCAACUUCCGUGAUGCAUGACGAUAUGCAAUGGAUGAAUUUACCUCAUCAGAACUCUGGUAUACGUGAUCCCAUGGGUAAAACAUUCUUGAGGUCGUGGAACCAAUGACACCUAUGUUUUUGCUGUAUUGGGAAUGUGGUGUGCUUGGUUCAGAGGGAGGACAGAACAGGAAUUCCAAAAUCAAGAUGCAUGUAAAAGGAAAUUUUGACUUGCUGUACGUGAUGCAGAGGAGGGGAAUGGUGAGGCAGCAUUGUGAGGUUACUGGAGAUUCACAGAAAACGAAAAAGUAAAGCUGGAGUUAGGUUUUGUACAUACCUAUACAAGGGCCAUAGUAACCGUGUAUAUAUGUUAGAUGGGCAGGCAGAUAGCAGCUGGGGGGUUGUGGGAUUUUUGAAGAAGUCCAGGUACUCUAAUUUAUUAGCUGAGUAACAAUUUAGAACUUAGUUUUCAUGGGCAUUUUUUUAAUUUUUUUUUUUUU